AUGAGGGAGAAAAUGUGGAUAUUUUACAGUGCCGAUAAUUCAAAGUGUCUUUUUUCUAUUUGGAACCAGUGGUAUUGGUGUUACGCAGCAGUGGCGUGUGUGUUGUUGUCUCCUGUCAGGACGGAUCACGCGUGCCCGUCGUCCUGCGUCUGUGCCAAAGACUCAGGGACAGUGACCUGCCGUGAUGGGGAGGACACCGAGGUGCCGGGACACAUACCGGAGUGGACGUCCACCUUGAUACUCAAGGGGAGAAACAUUUCAACUUUACAGCGUGGUGCGUUCAUGAGCAACGGGACGGAGUUGCAAAUGACGACACUCUCGUUGUCCGAUAACGGGAUAGAGGCUCUUGAACCUUACGCCUUCCUGGGACUCCCCCGAUUGCAUGUGCUGGAUUUGAGCCACAACCAGCUAGAGUACAUCUCAUCCAGGGCUUUCCACGGGUUACUGGAGCUCCGCUCUCUUUACCUAAAUCACUCCAUUUUACCUGCGGCCACAGAACAGCUCUCAAAUGCGCUCAACACCCAAAGUUUGCGCAACCUCCACAGACUGGAGUUAGCGGGUAACACGCUGAAGUCAAUCCCCCUGCUGCGGUUUGAUAAUCUCCACACGUUAGUGCUGAUCAAUAACUCAAUAGAGAGCAUAGGAGGAGGAAAUAUAUCCAUGUUGUACCAGCAAAAGCGCAUACGCGUUUACUUGGAUUUAAACCCGUUUCGGUGCAACUGUGAACUGGAGGCGUUUUACUACUGGUUGAAGAACUCGUCCCAGUGCCCGGAUGCAGGGCGUCUCCUGUGCAACGAGCCGGAGGCAAAGAGAGGGGUUCCCGUGGAGAAGCUCCGGGAAGAGGACAUGGAUUGUGUGAACGAGGACCUGGAGGCGGUCUCAUACGUGUUCCUCGGUAUAGUGUUGGCUCUGAUCGGCGUGGUGUUUCUCAUGGUGCUGUAUCUCAACCGAAGAGGCAUCAAACGGUGGCUCAACAACAUCAGAGAUGCGUGCCGGGACCAGAUGGAGGUCUACCACUACCGGUACGAGCAGGACUCAGACCCGAGACUGGCCAACGUAGCUGUUUAA